CAGUGACACAAGAGACUCCGGCGCAACAGGCUCCUGGGAAAUGUAGUCUGUCACCAAGGCUGCUCUGUGCCUGGAAACCGGCGCUGCAGGACCUUUGAAAUGAGUCUGACUAGAGGCGGAUGCUUGCAUGGACAGCUCUGUGAUGUGUGGAGAAGAGAAGGGCCAGUACUCAUGGAGAUCCAUCAAACACCUGGAGUUCCUGUAUCCCUGAAUCCUGAGAAGACAGCACCUAUUCAUUUAUUUCAAUUCUCAACAGUUUGCAAAAUGGAGAACACCUUAAUUUUUACAGCUGACGUGUGAGCUUGUUCUUCUGCACCUACAAUCAACAUGUAACAUCCCAAGCUGAGAAACCCGAGCUCGCCUCCUUGCAUCAGGAGCUGGAUCCCUUGGUUCGGAGCUGCGUUUCAGUUCGGGAAAGCUCCUUUGGAGUUUAUAGAGCGAGCCAGGAACGAGCAUGGACCUGUGUUCACAAUAUUUGCUCUGGGAAAACGGUUCACUUUCGUUACUGAGGAAGAAGGAACUGAAGUAUUUUUUAAAUCUGAAGACUUAAAUUUUGAACAGGCAGUACAGCAAGCUGUCAAGAAUGCAGUCUCUGUUCCUGCAGAAGCAUUUUAUGAGAACCAUGGUAACCUCUACAGCAUGAUGAAGGGGAAGAUGAGUCCCAGUAACCUGCACAUGUUCUCAGGCACUUUGUGUAAGGAGCUCCAUGAGCACAUGGCUCACCUGGGCACGGAGGGCACGGGAGACCUCAAUGCCCUGGUAAGGCAUGUCAUGUAUCCAGCAGUGGUGAACACCCUGUUUGGGAAGGGCAUCUGCCCAACCAGUCCGAGUGAAAUCAAGGAAUUUGAAGAGCAUUUUCAGAAGUAUGAUGAGGACUUUGAAUAUGCUUCUCAGAUGCCUGAGUGCUUCCUGAGCAACUGGUCUAAAUCCAAAAAAUGGCUUCUAAAAUUAUUUGAGAAAGUAGUGUUGGAUGCUGAAAGGACCAACCCUUCAGAGACUGCAUCCAAGACACUUCUACAACAUCUCCUGGAUAGCUUGCAGGGAAAACAUCUAGCUCCCAAGUAUGGUCUCCUGAUGCUCUGGGCUGCCCAAGCAAAUGCUGUGCCUGUUGCAUUUUGGACCCUUGCUUUCAUACUCUCUAAUCCUGCCAUUUACAAGAAAGUCAUGGAAGACCUGGCUUCUGUUUUUGGCAAAGCAGGUAAGGAUACACUGGAGGUGUCUGAGGAAGACCUGAAGAAGAUCCCUUUCAUUAAAUGGUGCACUUUGGAAGCCAUACGGCUGAGGUCUCCAGGUGCAAUCACCAAGAAAGUCAUAAACCCAAUUAGAAUUAAGAAUUUCACCAUCCCUGCAGGUGACAUGCUGAUGUUGUCACCAUAUUGGUUGCACCGGAAUCCAAAAUAUUUUCCUGACCCAGAAAUGUUCAAACCUGAUCGUUGGAAAGAGGCAAAUUUAGAGAAGAAUGCUUUCUUGGACAGCUUUGUGGCAUUUGGAGGAGGGAAGCAUCAGUGUCCAGGAAGGUGGUUUGCAAUCAUGGAAAUCCAGCUGUUGGUUGUGCUGUUCCUGUACAAGUAUGAAUUUGUGCUGUUGGAUGCAGUGCCAAAGGAGAGCCCUUUACACUUGGUGGGGACACAGCAACCCAUGGCACCAUUACAGGUCCGGUAUAAAUGCCGGGAAUGAGAGUUGUCCAGCACUGAGCUUUCUUUGCCAGCCCAGGCUGGAUGGAUGGACCACUGAGCUGCUUCCUAAUUCCACAUCUUCAGACAGCUUCUCUGCCUGCACAGUUCCUGAUUUCAGCUUUCAGUGCUGUACACUGUGCUGUGCCAAACCAGUGCAGUCAUACCUGUGUGCUGCCCUGGCUGCCCAGCUCCCAGUGCUUCAAUCCAAGCUCUCCUGCUGCAUUCAUAAUUUGUGGGCCAGUUACUCACUGACUUUGCAAAUCUGAUAUACUAAACUCACCAUCCAAACAUUCAGGACAAAAAGCUGCAGUGUCUGGAAAUCUUGUGUGGAAGCUGUGCCAGAACCAGCAGAGAAGCAGCUCCCUUGGGCCAGGUCACUGCUUCCUGCAGGGCGCUUCAAACCAAGGCCGGACUGGUGCCUCAUGCUAAGAAAUCACAUUGGUAACAAACAGCUCCCUGGUGCUGGUGAGCACAAAAUCCAGGACAGUCUGAGCAGAGACCUCUGGAUCAGCUCCAUCCUGAUAAACUGUGGGGACUUGUGUGUCACUGCCUGUGUGGGCACGUGAAGGUCUGGCCUGCUCUGCCAGCAACCAGCGCCAACAUCUUGCAAAUAAAAUGCAUUUGUAAUGGAAAAAUUGUAAUUGGGAUCUUGUUCCACUGGAACACCUGAAAUUUCUGCUGAGCUUUAUUUUGCUCCACAGGAUUCAGAAUCGAUCCUUGCCUGAAUUUGCAAUGAAAGUUUGACCAUAUUUAGCUCCCAAUAAAAAGUGAUUGCAAGGAAAGCUGUUCCCGCUCAUGAGACUGGUUGUCUAUUACCUAGAACACUUUUACUUUCCCUUCCAUGAGUUAUAGAACAAAUUGCACAAAUCUAAGAAUUUUUAAUCCUGUAAAGAACACCUAAUAAAAGUUGUUUGAAGAUGCUGUCAAGUAAGUUCAGAUACCAACACUUUAACUGCUGUCAGAUUUAAUAUACAAUAAUAACUGGCAUGUAUUUUUAGUCUUAUAAGUAAUUAUUCAUAGCAAAUACAUUUUAAAAGUAUUUGCAAAAAAUACAGAUAGACUUUGAACAGCAGAACAAACUAUGGGAACAACAUAGGAUAUGCAUAGGAAAAUAAUACAUUGUAUAAUUCAUUACAUGGUUGGCUUACCUUCAUGAUGGAUAGAACAACUUCAGUGAUUUAUAUGGCUGGAAAGUGAUUCAUCCAACUUUUAUUUUAGCUCAUAAUAGUUAACUGUGUAUGAGUUGCAA